AUGUCGCAAAACAAGCCGUCAUCGGCGUCCCACACCCCGCCUAAUAAUGCAUCAGCCAGGCUAGAGAAAACUCACCCUGGAAUUCGUCGUUCUACUCCCGAUUCCGAGGCUCUGGCUUCGUCUGAUGAUGACGGCGAUCAUCCGCUACCCGCCCCUUCUACUUCUGCGCCUGCGCAUAAGCCUGCUCGUCGAACCUCGUGGCUCAAUGAAAUCCCAGCUAGCAUGCCUCGGAAAUCCUCUUUGACUGGUCCUCUGUCAUCUGGAGCUUCCAUUCCGACUAGCCCGGCUACUGAGCAAUCCGGUUGGCAAGCGACUACUAGUCCCGGUUUGAACAGCUCCUUGACUUGGAAUGCCGUCGCCAAUACUACCUCAUCAUUUCCGUGGGGCACCGGUAUCUGGAAUACCGACUCCCGCAAAGAGCCUCCUCCUAGACUGUCGGAGAUUGUUCCGUCUCCCACGACGUCCAACCCACCGCUCUCGGUUUCGGCCAACUAUAUGCCCGAUGAGCUCCUUAGUCCUACUACUCGGACAACCUCUGGUGAUUCCGCCAUUCCUUUCUCGAUUCCACUUUAUCCGACGCCAAAGACCUACCGUUCACAGUCGUACUCCGUGGGCCAGUUGGACCCUGAAGUUCUGAAUCCAACUACAGCAAAGCCUGCAGCUUCUGCAUAUCAAGGUGGUCGCCCCCGCAAUGGAGCGCAAUACUCUGCUUUGCAGCAUCGUUCCUCACGACCAAGCCUUCUGGGAGAUUUGGGCCAUGAUCCUGCUACUCUAGGUCGAGUCCGCGAAGAUGAAGAUGAUGAUGCCGAGAGUCCCGAGGGGUCGGACGCUAGCUAUAAUAAUAAUGCCUUUGACCAAGCUCGCACCAUUGAGAAGCUUUCUAGGGAGAAUGCAUUGCUACGCCAAGCUGCUGGACACCUGGAUAACUCAUUCAGGGAUCGUGCAAUGUCGUCCGCGUCGGGAGCUAGUGGAUAUGCCGUUGGAAGUGGUAUUCGCAACAUGCACCCAAUUCGUGGUAGCGUUCCUGAGGAAGCAGACCUCGCGGUGGAAGACCUUGAUGAAGUAGGCAGUAUCCCGGGCUACAACGACAUCUACAACAACCCAAGGAGGAGAUUCUCCGAGCACUCGGUCAACCUGGAGAAGCAGUUUUCUGCAUUCACCCCCUUGGAGUACCGGACUAUGGACAAUCUCAGAAAGGCACAUUGGCAGACCUCUCUUGGGUUCGGCAGCCUUCAAGAUAUUCCCCAGAGUAGGCGCCACUCCUUUGCGGAAAUCCCGAUUCGGCAUGCUUCCAUCUCAGGAGAGACACCAGUUGCCAACAAUUUACGAGCUGGAUUGGGGGAGCAGGAAGAGAGCUACCCGAACACCGGCGAUGGUUCUGUUCCGAAUGCGCCAGGCCAAAACCAAUCAUAUUUUGGUCGCGAUGCGUCUCUUCGCGCUGCCACCGAAGCUCAAUCGCCAAUCCCUACUUCUCUCCACCAAGCUUACCCCCCGUAUGGUCGUCACCAGCCCCAGGUCCACCCUCUUCCGAACCAGUUACUCUACAUUGUGACGUUCAAAUGCCAUCGAGCGGACGUUUUCUUCAUCCAAAAGGACACUGGUCUUCAGGUGAAGCCAGGAGAUUUGGUGAUUGUUGAAGCGGACCGUGGCACAGACCUUGGAACUAUCCAGCAUGCCAAUGUCACACUGCAGAAAGCGCGCGAACUGAAGCAAAAGUAUGCUGAAGAGCAUUACAAAUGGUUGAUGAUGUUUUCGCGACAGGGUCAAACCGGUGCGGCGAAUGCCGUUGGCUCACCAGGUGGAGUCCCAGGCCUGAAUAACAGAAGUGCGAUUGGUGGCAUGGGACCUCAUGGUUCGCAUGGAGUGCAGGAACCUUCUGGGGAAAUCAAGCCAAAGUUGAUCAAAAGGCUUGCCCAAAACCAUGAAAUCCUGACUCUGCGCGACAAGGAGGGCAAUGAAGCGAAAGCCAAGCGAGUCUGCCAGCAAAAAGUUGUGGAGCAUCGUCUCAACAUGGAGAUUCUUGAUGCGGAGUUCCAGAUGUGA